AUGUUUUUGUUUUCUAUAUGGAUUAUUAACGUUUGGCUAUUAUCAUUAUCAUCGUUCGGUUUGACAAAUCCGUUAACGGAAAUCGAUUUGGAUGUUGAAAAUUUAGAAGAAAUUAAUCGAAACAAAAGACAAGAAACAUCAGAAAUAUGCGAUUUUGGUACGGAUGUCGAUCAGAUAACUUGCGAUUGGACGAAUAAAAAUGGUUCGAGUUUAAAAUGGGAAUUCGGUGCUGGAUCCCUAUCGAAUUGGCUCGGGGGUCCCACGAUGGAUGCAAAUGCCGAUGGCAAAGGAGGUUAUAUAUUUUUUGAAACGUCAUUAUUGGUACCUGAUUCGAGAAUGGCACAAAAUGCUCUUAUCGAAAGCGCCGUCGAACCUACAACGAGUUUGAAUGGAAAAUGCAUUUCUUUUAAUUAUGCCAUUGAUGGUUUAAGCGUUGCAGGUUUAAGGGUUUUGCUUCAUCCUAUUAACGAAGAAGAAAACGAUCAUGAUACUUUUGAUAGGAUAUUAUGGAGUUCGAAAGACGUGACUGAUGGAAAAUGGAAAAGAGCAGAAGUUUUGUAUACUUUUAACAAAGAACAUCAGAUUAUUUUCGAAGGGGUUGCUAAAGAUUUAGGUGAUCCGUUACGAAGAUAUAGAGGUUAUGUUGCCGUUGACAAUAUCGCAAGACAACCUGGAUCUGAAUGUAAGGGUCAUUGUACGUUUGAAGGAGGUUUUUGUUCGUGGUACAACGAAGAUGGUGAUGAUUUUCAAUGGUCGUUGGGAAGAGGAAGUACGAAUCCAUCAACAGGACCCGCUUCCGAUAGAUCAAGUUCGCUACAUGGAGGUAUGGAAGGUGGUUUUGCUUUUAUUGAUUCAUCAUAUCCUCGUAAACCUGGUGACAUUGCAUUACUUUCAAGCGAAGAUUUUGAAGCCACUCCCAUGAACGAACCGCUUUGCUUAAGAUUUUGGACACACAUGUACGGAAGUGGAAUCGGUACGUUGAGUGUUAUUCUGAACGAUAAAGACGAAGGUACAGAUACCGAAUUGUGGAGUCUUUCCGGAGAAUCAGGAAAUGUUUGGCAUCAAGCAGAAGUACCCAUAUCAUGUCCAAAUUCAUUUAGAAUCAUCAUAGCCGGACAAGUUGGUCAAAAUCAGUUGGGAAAUAUAGCCAUCGAUGACGUUUCUCUAAUACCCGGAAGUUGUCCGAUUUCGCCUCAGGUAGCUGCCAUAACACCAGGAGAUUGUCGUUUUGAAGUCGACGAAUGCGGUUGGACAAAUGCAAGCCCGAGAGAACGAACGGAUGAUUUCGAUUGGGAAAGAAUAACUGGAAUGGAAACAAGACCGUUAAUGAUUGAUCAUUCAUUAGGUACAGAUAAGGGAUACUUUUUGGCAUUGGGGAAAGGUAACACUCAACGUCCAGGAUCGAGAGCUUUAUUGGGUGGUAAAGAAAUUAAAAUGCAAUUUCAACCCAGAUGUAUGACAUUUUGGUACAUAUUAAACGAACCUUACAUAGAACCACCAGGUUCCAGUUUGGGUUCAUUGGCAAUUUAUACAAAAACAUUUGAUAAACAUAACGUACCGAUAGUAACUCCAAAAUGGCAAUUGUACAAUCAUCAAGGACCCGAAUGGAAAUUCGCACAAACUUUUAUCAAUGAAAUUAAUUAUACCAUAAUAAUUGAAGGAACAUGGGGUUCGAGUAAAACAAACGGAAUUAUCGCUAUUGAUGACAUAACUUUUUACAAUGGCCAAUGCUCUGUUUUACCGAAAGAAGCUGAAAUUCGACCUGGUGAUUGUCAUUUUGACAAAGACACAUGCGGUUGGGUUAUUGAAAAUCAUAAAACGGUACCUGUACAAUCUUGGAAAUUGGCAGUUAACACGAGGCGACCAGCUAAUCUUUUAGAUAAAACAUUUGGUGCUCCAGAGGGUUACGUUUAUUUUGAUCUCUUCAAUCACAAUGCGGCAAUUAACGAAGUUAAUUUUGUAUCUCCAGUAAUUCCAUCAAAUAAAGAAUCUUAUUGUAUGGCAUUUUGGUUUGCCGCUUUCGGUGCUGGAGAAGAUGCUCAAUUGAUAAUAAUGAGACAAGAUAAUACGACCAACGAAGAAAAUCCAAAAGAAAUCCUUUGGCAAGUUCAAGCAGCCGAUUUAGAUUCUCAACGUCCUCUUUGGACUCCAGGACAACUCACGGUUGAUGGUAGCACUGAUUUUAACGUUGUCAUGAGAGGUAUGGCAACAAAUGGAGGUUUUGCUAUUGAUGACAUAACAUUUUCAAACGGAGGUUGUCCCACUCGUCCAGAGCAAGCUAAAGUAAAAUCUAUGGAAAACGUGUAA